AUGAACAAUCCCAGACCGAACUUGUCGCUCAAGUUCAACAAGUCGCUCCAGAACUUGGCCUGCGACGGUCCCUACACCCCGUUGGACCAGACCAUGCGAACCCCAGCGUUCUACUUCGCUGCUCCUCCCGCCAACAAGCAAGACUCGUUAUACUCCAACCCCACCUACAACGAAAGUGACGACAUCCUCACAGACAUAGACGAACCCAUGGGCCUGGGGUUCAAGACCACCCGGAACUAUACGCUUGCAUUCAACCCCACCUUCGACCAGUUGGUGAUGUCCAUCUACAACAAGAUCCUUUCGCUCCCCACAACCACGCCAUUCCUGGGCAUCGUGCCUCCCAGUGGCCUCGUCAGCAAGGUGGCCAACGAGACCAUGGCGAGCUUGUUGUCGUCCACCACCAACUCCAAUCCUCCCACCUACGACCACCAAAGCAUCAUUAACUCAGAGUACCUCAGAAACCACUUGUACCAGCCAAUAUUCUUGCAGUUGAUCAGAAAGAGACUCAUCGACUUGUGCACGUUCCACAACCUGGCCAACUCUCUGGCUGCUGCCCACAGCCAGAACCCCCAGAAGUUGCCGGAGUCCACCACGGUGUCGGUGACGUCCUCCAACAACGGCGUGGUGAUGAACGGCGUGGGUGCUGGGUUGAAGCAGUCGUCCAUCUCCAACUUGUCGUUGACAGAGUUGAACAUAUCCAACUACAACGCCAACAACUCCAACAACAGAUCUCGCUCCUCGUCCAUGAGCUUGAGAAAACAAUCAUUAACCAGAAACAAUUCCUACAGCAACAACAACUGGUUACAUGUCGGGAACAUCAACAGCAUCAGACCCCAUCCUGCCGGUAUCCACCAUGAACAGUUCAACGCCAGUACCGACUCAUUGCAGUCGAUCCAGGAUUAUGUUCCUCAGUCGUUCAUAAAUAGGUCUGCGGGUGCUUCUACCUCUCAGAAUGGGUUCAAUACCAUGAUGAUGGACUACCAGACACCUCCAAGUUCCAACAAAGGAUCUAUAUCGAGCGGUUCGUCAUGGACCCCUCCCAAUGGCACGAGUGCCAGUGUCAUUCAAAAUACCAUAAAUAGCGGACACACUGCGUCUUCAGACUACGAAGAGUUUUUGCUCCAACACCAAGCCGCUAGAUCAAGAUCGUCAUCAAGAAGCAACAAUUCGUUGCCCCGUCCCUUGACUAUUAAUACCGAAUGUGCCAAUAUCCAGGCGCUCAAUGCUUUGAACGGAGUGACCACGCCAAAUUCCAUGAACGGCAGGAGUGGCACUGGCUUGGCAUUGGACUCUCCGUUUAUGUCAGCCACCACACCUUCCGAAGACUAUGGGUAUUUCAGUAAUGGCUUUGGACCAAUACCGAACCCAGGAAGUGGUGCCAGCAGUAGCAAUAGCUCUAUUUCCGAGAGUCCUGUCAACCAGGCAUCCGGGAACAAUGAUGCCAUGUUGGUCGACUCCUCUAAGAUCAACUUGCCUACUCAGUUCAGCUUGAGUGAAAAGAAGAGAGAUUCUUUGAAGAUGAAGAGAGGAAUCCAUUAAUUCUGAAAUGGCUUGAAACCACUGGUGGUGAUAGAAAUAUCUAAUUGUAUUCUAUUCUGUAUUUGUACUGGUACAACUUCUUGUAAUAUACAAGCAUCGUCGGCUAAAGCACUCUUUGUAUGUACGUAGCUAGUUAUUUCUCG